AUGAUGAUGCUCCAGUACUCGGCAGCUCUACGAUGCUCUCUGGCCCCCGACCAUCCAACAACACUGCCUUCGGUUCUUCCCAACACCACCACCUCUUCGACUUCAUCGCCACUCACUUUAACUAGAAGGGUAGUUUUUUCCGCUGCUUUAAUCUCCACCACUUUGGGCUUUGCCGUGUCUUCUCCUUCAAACUCCGCCGCUGCUGAAUUCUUGGAACUCCCCAACUCCGGUGGCGUCAAGGCUUUGGACCUUCGUGUUGGUACUGGCGAAGUACCCUCCGAUGGUGACCAGGUCUCUGUUCAUUACUAUGGGAGGUUGGCAGCAAAACAGGGAUGGCGAUUUGACUCAACAUAUGAUCACAAAGAUGAAAAUGGUGAACCAAGUCCUUUUGUAUUCGUUGUUGGGUCUGGGAAAGUUAUUUCAGGGAUUGAAACUGCUGUGAAAUCUAUGAAAGUGGGUAGCCUACGUAGGAUCGUUAUACCUCCAUCACAAGGAUAUCAGAGCACGUCACAAGAACCCAUACCACCUAAUUUUUUUGACAGGCAGAGACUGUUUACAACCAUCUUUAAUCCAACCCGUCUUGCUAAUGGAGAAGGUUCAACUUUGGGGACGCUUGUAUUUGAUAUCGAGCUAGUCAGCCUGAGGCAUAAUUGAAGUCUUUCUUCCUUUCGGACAGUAAUAUGGUUCUCGUGCCAAAAGGUAGUGUAAAUUGUUGUUGUCAUUUGUCCUCCAACAAGGUCCAUUCCACUGUUUAUAUGUCAAAAUUUAUGUACACCCCAGCAGUAAUGUAAAAACUGUUGAAGAUGCCCACGUUUUCAGAUAAGAGAUGGAUUGAUGUAGAAUGUAAAGUUCUGCUCUAAUGUGUUAUUAUUGAAAGGGAAAUAUGAUCUUAGCAUAA